AUGCGGGUCAGCCUAGUAAUGAAUGAUCGCUUAUGGAGUGAUGUUCUUGAGAAAGGCCUCGUCAGCAUGAGGCUACUGACGGCCUUGUGUAACGUUUGCCAACUUCUGGUUGUCCACGAGGUUGGGCCAGUGCGUUGUGUUGGAAAUAUAGAGAGCCAGCAGAGAGCUCCAGCAACACCAGAGAGACACCAGGAAGCUCCAGCAACACCAGAGAGACAGCAGGAAGCCCCAGCAACACCUGAGAGACAGCAGGAAGCUCCAACAACACCAGAGAGACACCAGGAAGCUCCAGCAACACCAGAGAGGCAGCAGGAAGCUCCAACAACACCUGAGAGACAGCAGGAAGCUCCAGCAACACCUGAGAGACACCAGGAAGCUCCAACAACACCUGAGAGACAGCAGGAAGCUCCAACAACACCUGAGAGACACCAGGAAGCUCCAACAACACCAGAGAGACAGCAGGAAGCUCCAACAACACCAGAGAGACAGCAGGAAGCUCCAACAACACCUGAGAGACAGCAGGAAGCUCCAACAACACCUGAGAGACAGCAGGAAGCUCCAACAACACAAGAGAGGCAGCAGGAAGCUCCAACAACACCAGAGAGGCAGCAGGAAGCUCCAACAACACCAGAGAGACACCAGGAAGCUCCAACAACACCAGAGAGGCAGCAGGAAGCUCCAACAACACCAGAGAGGCAGCAGGAAGCUCCAACAACACCAGAGAGGCAGCAGGAAGCUCCAACAACACCUGAGAGACAGCAGGAAGCUCCAACAACACCAGAGAGGCAGCAGGAAGCUCCAACAACACCAGAGAGGCAGCAGGAAGCUCCAACAACACCAGAGAGACACAAGGAAGCUCCAACAACACCAGAGAGACACCAGGAAGCUCCAACAACACCAGAGAGACAGCAGGAAGCUCCAACAACACCAGAGAGGCAGCAGGAAGCUCCAACAACACCAGAGAGACACCAGGAAGCUCCAACAACACCAGAGAGGCAGCAGGAAGCUCCAACAACACCAGAGAGACACCAGGAAGCUCCAACAACACCAGAGAGGCAGCAGUGA